UGGAGAAGACGACUCCCAUUCUGUUGAGAUGAGCAAUAAACGUCUUUCUGCUGUGACCCUCUUCCUGUGCAUUGCUGUGGGUCUGAAGGCAACUACAGUCCUGAUCCAAUCGCCAGGAGAUGUGAAAGUGCGUGAAGGUGAAACGGUGCUGAUACAGUGUGUCCUGGAGAGCAACGAUGUGCAAAACACUGUGGACAAAUUCCCUGUACACUGGUACAACUCACGCAAUAAACUAAAUCAAGAAGGAAUAGUACUUAGUCUUUAUGUUCGUGGCGGUGUUUACAGGUCAAGGGGUUUCUCUGAUCGAUUUCAGCUUUCUCGGAAUGUCACCAGUAACAGCUACUCACUGACCAUCAGCGACGUGAAGACCGCAGACUCUGGCGAUUACAUCUGUGCAAUUUGGGGGACAGUCUUUGGAAAGGGAACCAAUCUGAAUGUGACCAGUGCAGAUGUUCCUGUCCUUAUGCAGUCGCCGAGCCUGGAGCAUGUCACUGAGGGCCACACGGCGCGGUUACGGUGCACCAUCACCAGAGCCAGAGUGGAAGACACCGAUGUCCACUGGUACCGGAAACUACCCGGGCAGGACUUGGAGUGGGUUUUAACACACAAGGCAGGAGGCAGCCUGCAGUGGAGACCAGGGUUCACUGAGAGGUUCCUGCCCUACAGGGACACCGCCAAUAGCAGCUUCAUCCUGACUGUCACAGACAUGGAGCACAGUGAUUCUGCCGUCUAUUACUGCAGAGUGUGGGGAGACAUCAGUGGGAACGGAACCCAGCUCAUCGUAGGUGUUCAUCAAACAGAUGUGUACCAGGCUGUGAAGACGUACCUCACCUUUCUCGUUCUGGUUGUGUUGCUGGCAGUUCUCGCUGUCACUGGAGGCAUUUUGCUCAUCAGACACCGAGCUUUGGGAAGCCACCAGUCCCCCCCACCCGCAGCAGCUGAAGACCAAACACCAGCAGCAGAUCAUGAAAAUGUUUCCAAGGCAAGGGAGAUCCCGGACCAUGGGGUGUGGACCUUGAAGGAUCCCUCUCCAUGGCAGCCAGCUGCAGUGCUGAGGGAAGGCACAGGCGAGGCAAGAAGACAGAUGACCUUUGUGGAGACCCUGGAGACUGCAGAUGCUGGAAUCUGGAGCAACAAACCAUCUGCUGGAGAAACUCGGUGGGUCGAGCAGCAUCUGUGGAGGCAGAGGGAUGGUCGAUGAUUUGGACUCUGUGUGUGUGUGUGUGUGUGUGUGUGUAUGUGUGGCCAUUGCCCACAGGAUCAUCUUGUCACUGAGGUGCAGGGUGAUCAGCGAGCAGGUGCAGCGUGUUGGACCAUGAUCGGAAUAAAAAGGCUGUGAUCUUUGUCAGAUAGUAGACCCUGUCACUCCCCUCUCACUGGCGAUCUCAGUGGGUAAUGUUCUGUUUAUUGGAACUGUCAUAAGGCAGUGAUCUCACAGUGUGGGAGUUUUUGUUGGACAGGGGUGGAAGGUGAGCUUCCCAGUCUGUAAUGUAAGAAUAUGGGCAUCUGCUGUUCAGUGUAGGGCACAAGUGCCAGCAAGGCCUUUGACAAGGUCCCACAUGGUAGGCUGGUUGGAAGGUGAGGUCACAUGGCAUCCAGGGUGAGCCAAUUGUUUACAAAAUUGGUUUGGUGGAAGGGAUCAGAGGGUGGUAGUUGAGACCAUAAAACCAUAAGACCUAGGACCAGAAUUAGGCCAUUCAGCCCAUCGAGUCUGCUCCACCAUUCAAUCAUGGCUGAUUUAUUUUUCCUUCUCAACCCCAUUCUCCUGCCUUCUCCCCGUAACCUUUGACACCCUCACUAAUCAAGAACUUAUCGACCUCCGCUUGAAACACACCCAAUGACUUGGCCUCCACAGCCGUCUGUGGCAAUGAAUUCCACAGAUUCACCACCCUUUGGCUAAAGAAAUUCCUCCUUAUCUCAGAUCUAAAUGGACGUCCUUCUAUUCUGAGGCUGUGCCCUCGUAUCCUGGACUCUCCCACUGAUGGAAAGAUCCUCUCCACAUCCAGGCCUUCCAAUAUUCGGUAGGUUUCAAUGAGAUGCCCCCUCAUCCUUCUAAACUUUGUCGAGUACCGGCCCAGAGACAUCAGACGCGCCUCAUACAUUAAUCCUUUCCUUCCUGGGAUAAUUCUUGGAAACCUCCUCUGGACCAUCUCCAAUGCCAGCACAUCCUUAGAUAUGGGGCCAAACACUGCUCUCAAUACACCAAAUGUGGUCUGACCAACACCUUAUAAAGCCUCAGCAUUACAUCCUUGCCUUUAUAUUCUAGUCUCCUCAAAAUGAAUGCUAACAUUGCAUUUGCCUUCCUUACUACCGACUCAACCUGCAAGUUAACCUUCAGGGGAUCCUGCACUAGGACUCCCAAGUCCCUUUACACCUCCGAUUUCUGAAUUCGCUCCCCGUUUAGAAAAUAGUCUAUGCCUUUAUUCCUUCUACCAAAGUGUAUGACCGUACACUUCCCUACACUGUACUCCAUCUGCCACUUCUUAGCCUAUUGUCACAACCUGUCUAAGUCCUUCUGCAGACCCCCUGCUUCCUCAACAUUACCUGCCCCUCCACCUACCUCUGUAUCAUCCGCAAACUUGGCCACAAAGCCGUCAAUUCUAUCAUCCAGAUCAUUAACAUACAAUGUGAAAAGCAGCGGACCCAACACCGACCCCUGCAGAACACCACUAGACACCAGCAACCAACCAGAAAAGGCCUCCUUUAUUCCCACUCUUUCCCUUCUGCCAGUCAGCCAAUCUUCUAUCCAUGCUGGCACCUUUCCUGUAAUACCAGGGGCUCCUAUCUUGUUUAGCAGCCUCAUGUGAGGCACCUUGUCAAAGGCCUUCUGAAAAUCCAAGUAAACAACAUCCACUGACUCUCUUUGUCGAUCCUCCUUGUUACUUCCUCAAAGAAUUCCAACAGGUUUGUCAGGCAAGAUUUCCCCUUAAGGAAACCUUGCUGACCUCGGCCUAUUUUAUCAUGUGCUUCGAAGUGCCCCGAAACCUCAUCCUUGAUAAUGGGCUCUUCACAUCUUACUAACCAUUGAAGUCAGGCUGACUGGCCUAGAAUUUCCUGUUUUUUGCCUCCACCCCCCCCCCCCACCCCCCUGAAAUGUGGAGUGACAUUUGUGAUUUUGCAGUCCUCUGGAACCAUUCCUGAAUCUAGUGAUUCUUGAAAGAUCACAAGUAAUGCCUCUACAAUCUCUUCAGCUACCUCUUUCAGAACCCUGGGGUGUAGUCCAUCUGGUCCAGGUGACUUAUCCACCUUCAGACCUUUUAGCUUCCCAAGCACCUUCUCCUGAGUAAUAGUGACUACACUCACUUCUGUCACCUGACUCUCUCGAAUUUCUGGCAUGUUGCUGGUGUCUCCCACAGUGAAGACUGACACAAAAUACUUAUUCAGUUCAUCCACCAUUUCUUAGCUCCCCAUUACUGCAUCUCCAGCGUCAUUUUCCAGCGGUCCGAUGUUCACUCUUGUUUCUCUUUUACUCUAUAUAUCUGAAUAAAACUUUUGGUCUCCUCUUUUAUAUUAUUGGGCAGCUUACCUUCAUAUUUCAUCUUUUCUUCCCUUAUUGCUUUUUUAGUUGCCUUCUGUUGGUUUUUAAAAGCUUCCCAAUUCUCUAGCUUCCCACUAAUUUUUGCAAUAUUGUAUGGCCUCUCUUUUGCUUUUAUGAUGUCUUCGUCUUCCCUUUUCAGCCGCGGUUGCCUCAUCCUCCCUUUAGAAUGCUUCUUCUUCUUUGGGAUGAACUGAUCCUGCGUCUUCCGAAUUAUUCCCAGAAGCUCCUGCCAUUGCUGCUCUACCGUCAUCCCUGUUGGGGUCUCCGUCCAAUCAACUUCGGCCAGCUCCCCUGUCAUGCCUCUGUAGUGACCUUUACUCAACUGUAGUAUUGGUAUCGGUAUUGGAAUUGGUUUAUUAUUGUCAUUUCUACCGAGGUACAGUGAAAAACUUGUCUUGCAUACUGAUCGUACAGGUCAAUUCAUUACACAGUUCAGUUACAUUGAGUUAGUACAGAGUGCAUUGAGUUAAUACAGGUAAAAACAAUAACAGUACAGAGUAAAGUGUCACAGCUACAGAGAAAGUGCAGAGCAGGUAGACAAUAAGGUGCAAGGUCACAAAGAAGUAGAUUGUGAGGUUAAGAGUCCAUCUCAUCAUAGAAGUGAACCAUUCAAUAGUCUUAUCACAGUGGGGUAGAAGCUGAUACUGAUACAUCUGAUUUUAGCUUCUCCCUCUCAAACUGCAGGGUGAAUUCUGUCAUAUUAUGAUCACUGCCUCCUAAGGGUUCCUUUACCUUAAGCUCCCUAAUCAAAUCUGUUUCAUUGCACAACAACAAAUCCAGAAUUGCCUUUUCCCCGGUGGGCUCGACCACGAGCUGCUCUAAAAAGCCAUCUCGUAGGCAUUCUCCCUUGGGAUCCAGAAUCAUUCCUUCUCUUGGGAUCCAGAAUCAACCUGAUUUUCCCAAUCAUAUUGAAAUCCCCCAUGACCAGCGUAACAUUGCCCUUUUUACAUGCUUUUCUAUCUCCUGUUGUAAUCUGUACGCCACAUCCUACCUACUAUUUUGGAGGCCUGUAUAUAACUCCCAUCAGGGUCUUUUUACCCUUGCAGUUUCUUAACUCUACCCACAAGGAUUCAACAUCUUCUGAUCCUAUGUCACUUCUUGCUAAGGAUUUGAUUUCACUUUUUACCAACAGAGCCACCCCACCCCCUCUACCCUCCUGCCUGUCUUUUCGACAGGAUGUGUAUCCUUGGAUGUUUAACUCCCGGAUGUGAACUCCUUUCGACCACGACUCUGCGAUGUCCACAACAUCAUACCUGCCAAUUUCUAACUACGCUGUGAGCUCAUCUACCUUAUUUCAUAUACUGUGCAUAUUCAAAUAUAACACCUUCAGUCCUGUAUUCACCACCCUUCUCAAAUUUGUCUACAUGUUGCCUGAAGUUAAAUUCUUAUCCCUUUCUAAACUUUCUGUCUUAUUCUUUAUUCUGGAGACUUCAAUGGCCUCUCCCGCACUCUCCUUCCCUUUUACUUUAUCCAUACUUUUCUAAUCUGUUGAACCCACCCCUCUACUCUUUAGUUAAAGGCUUAUCCACAGCUCUAGUUAUGCGAUUUUCCAGGACCCUGGUCCCAGCAUGGUUCAGGUGGAGCCCGUCCCAUCGGAACAGCUCCCUCCUUCCCCGAUACUGGUGCCAAUGUCCCAUGAAUUCAAACCCACGUCUCCCACACCAAUCACUGAGCCAUGCAUUUAACUCUCUGAUCUUACUGACCCUGUGCCAAUUUGCAUGUGGCUCAGGUAGAAAUCCAGAGAUUUCUGGAUUUUUGGUUCUGCUUUUUAAUUUAGUCCAAAGCUGCUCAAAUUCCCUCAGCAGAAUCUCUUUCCUUGUUCUAUCUAUGUCGUUGGUACCCCCAUGGACCACAACAAUUGGACCUUUCCCUUCUCACUCCAAAUUCCUCUGCAGGUCAGAUGAGAUGUCCUGAACCCAGGCACCAGGCAGGUAACACAGCCUUCGGGUCUCCCAAUCCUUGCCACAGAGAACUGUGUCCAUUCCCCUGACUACACUAUAUCCAAUCACAACUACCUUUCCCUUCUCUCCCCCCUCCUGAAUGGCUCCCUGAACCACGGUGCCACAGUUCAGUUGCUCAUCCUUCCUACAACCCCCACUCUCAUCCGCACAGGGAGCAAGAAUCUCAGACCUGUUGGACAAGCUCAAGGGCUGAGGCUCCUCCAGUACUACCCCUUGGAUCCCGCUACCUCCCUCACUCACAGGUGGAGGGUUGUUUUUCAGAUUGGAAGCCUGUGACCAGUGUUGUGCCGCAGGGAUCGGUGCUGGGUCCCCUGUUGUUUGUCCAUUAUAUUGAUAAUUUGGAUGAAAACUUUGUUAGCAUGGUUAGUAAGUUUGUGCAUGACACUGAGGUUGGUGGUAUAGUGGACAGCGCAUGAGGUUAUCUAAUAUUACAGCACGAUCUAGAUCAACUGGGCUAUGGGCCGAGGAGCGGCAGAUGGAAUUUAAUUCAGGUAAAUGUGAGGUUUUGCAUUUUGGGAAGACAAACCUGGACAAGAACUACACAGUAAAUGGUAGGGCCCUGGGGAAUGUUGUGGAACAGAGACCCAGGGAUACAGGUAUAUAGUUCCUUGAAAGUGGUGACAGGUAGACGGGAUGGUGAAGAGUGUGGCAUACUGGCCUUCAUCGGUCAGGGCACUUGAGUACAGGAGAUGGGCUGUAAUGUUACAGCUGUACAAGAUGUUGGUGAGAUGUUUGGAGUACUGCGUGCAGUUCUGGUCGCCCUACUAUGUCAUUAAACUGGAGAGGGUGCUGAGAGGAUUAACAAAGAUGAUACCGGGACUGGAGGGCUUGGGUUAUAAGAAGAGACUGGACAGGCUGGGACUGUUUUCCUUGGAGCGAAGGAGGCUGAGGGGUGACCUCAUAGAGGUUUAUAAAAUCACAAAGGGCAUAGAUAAGACGAAUGGUCACAGUCUUUUCCCAGGGUUGGUGAGUCUAAAACUAGAAGGCACAGGUUUAAGGUGAGAGGAGAAAGAUUUAAAGGGGACCUGAGGGGCAACACUUUCACACAGAGGGUGGUGGGUGUGUGGAACGAGCUGCCAGAGGACGUGGUAGAGAUGGGUACAAUUAUGCCUCUGUGUCUAAGGAUACCAAGCUGAUGUGCCUGGUCUGAUUUUGCAUCAGUCCUAAUUUGACCCAGAAAUGAUCACUGCCACAAUAGUGUUUGCCUGAUUGCACAAUAAAGGCAGCUACUGAUCAGCCCAGUGUCUGGGCAGUUGUGUCUUCUGCUCUUCCCUCAGGAGGUUUUGUCUGUAAGUUAUAAAAUCUGUCAUGCCACAAGGGACAGACAAUAUUCAGGCAUUGGCUGCUAAGUGGCAUGGAAUGUGUCACAACGACGCCAGGCGAUGAUUAUCUCCAGCAAGAGGGUACAAUCACCUGCACUGAUCCUCAGUGGCGAGGCCAUCACUGAGUCAUCCACCGUCAGCAUCCUGGGAGCCAGGAAAUGGACAGGCUUCAAGAACAGGUCGAAGGCUGGAUCUCCAUGGUGACUGGACGGUGACGUGGAUGCAGAUAAGGGAAGGAUGAUGAGCACAUGGGGAAGGGGGCGAGGGGCAGAAGGGAAAGCCCGCUGAGACAAAAUCCAGGGAGAUAGGUGUGUGGGUCACAGACAGGCAGAACUAGGGAGGGAUGGAAAUGGUGAACAAGGAGAGAGAGAGAGAGAGAGAGACCCUGGGAGAGUCUGGGAGAGGAACGUGGGGGAAU